AUGAAAGAAGAUUAUUCAAGUGCACUUGCUGCUCUUCGUAAAGCUCUUGAAAUUGAAGAAAAACAUUUAACAUCUAAUCAUCUCUAUAAAGCAUAUACGUAUGCUAGUAUGACUAAAGUAUUCUAUGGUCUUAAUGAUUAUCAACAAUGUUUAGAAUAUUUAGAACGUGCUAUUCAAAUUACUCAUCAAAAUAAAACACCCAGCUAUCCGAUGCAAUCUUAUGAUCGUACAAUAGAACUGGAAAAGAAUAUUGUUCAACUUUGGUGGACAGUAGAUGAUAUUGAACAAGAAAUUACUUUUGAAUUACAUGUAAAAACAACGGGAUGGAUUGCAUUAGGAAUUAGUCCAGCUGGGGGUAUGAAAGGUGCUGAUAUAGCUAUUGGUUGGGUAGAUUCUUCUGGAAAAUCUUUUCUUGAAGAUAGAUUUGCAGUUGGUAAAGUUACACCGAUCACGGAUAAUACAACACACGAUUGGAUUCUUCUUCAUGGUCAAGAACGAGAUGGAUGGACAGCUAUACAAUUUAAACGUUCUUUUGAUUCAUGUGAUCCCAUGGAUGUUCCAAUACGAUCUGGAACAAACAUUUUAAUCUAUGCAUAUGGUCUUACUGAUUCAAUAAUGUAUCAUGAAGGACGGCGAGGUACACGGAUAUUACCAUUAAGAUCUUAUUCAAAUCAAGUAACUGAUAAUAUAUUAGAUGGAUUAGAUUUGUUUGAUUUCCGUUUUGAUAAUCUUCCUAUUCCAUCAACAGAUACAACAUACUAUUGUAAAGUAUUCAAAAGUCCCAAUCAAUAUUCGACGAAAAGACAUGCAAUAGCGCAUGAAAUACUGAUUGAUACAACACAUCAGAAUUUAUUACAUCAUCUCGAUUUAUUUGAAUGUAAUUCAAAUGAAAUUCUCGAUGAUUCAAAUUUACCUGAUGGUAUCUGUGAUAAUAUCAUAACUCAAAUGCGAAUGUGUUCAUCAAAUUUAGCGACAGCAUGGGCAAUUGGUGCUGAUCCAAUAACUCUUUAUCCAAAAGAAGCUGGCUAUUCUAUUGUAAAUUUCAAGUAUUUUAUGAUUAAAAUACAUUAUGAUAAUCCAAAGAUGAUGUCAAAUUUACGAGAUAGUUCAGGAAUUCGAUUUUAUCUUGGAAAUAAUCUUCGAGAAAAUGAUCUGGGUUAUCUUGUUUUUGGCACAUCGUCUAAUGCAGCAAGUCUUGCUAUUCCACCGAAUGUUCGACGAUUUAUUGUGGAGUCGUAUUGUCCUUCUGAAGCAACUCGCAAUUUGCCUUCAACUGGCGUUAACGUUGUAUCUGCUCUACCGCAUACUCAUUUACAAGAUAUUUUUAAGGGAAUAUCGAUAAAUUUAUUCGUGGUUUGUUUAGAAGCUUUUGAUUUUGAUCAUCAAUUUGCAAAUCGUUUAAGAAAACCAAUUAAAAUAUAUCCAGGUGAUGAAUUUGCUACUCGUUGUGUUUAUAAUACAAUUAAUAAAGAUAAGAUUACUUUGGGUGGUCAAAGAACGAUCGAUGAAAUGUGUUCUCAUACAUUUUCAUAUUAUCCAUUUGUGGAUAGUUUAUCUGCAUGUAUGACAAGAAUUUAUUUAAUAGCAUGGAAAAUUCAAAUGAAUUCUUCAUCAAUGAUUGAUGAUUUAGAAUUAGAACAUACGCUUCGAAAUCUUACAUGGAUAUCUCAAUCAGCUAAUCAAUGGCAAACAUUUUAUAAUGAAGCACAACGUGUUGUUGCUAUAUUUCGAGGAGGUGAAAUCGAAUCAAAGAUUUUACCAAAUCGUCCAAAAUAUAAAGAUUUUAAAGAUGAAUUAUGUAAAAGAAAACCGAUUAUUAUUGAACCAUUGGGAAAUUCAUGUGUUUCUUUCUUUACUUUUCAUAACAAAUUCUUCUUUUUUGUAUUGAACUUUUUCAUUAUUCAGAAAUACAUAUUCUGAUGAUAUUAUAUAGAUAUGAAUACGAAAUCAAAUAUAUCUGUUCUGUUUAUUCAACGAUCAUGGUGUUUUUGAUUAUCUUUCACGUUUAAAUAAUAACUUUCAGUCAUCUGACUGAUUUAAUCUUCUUGAAGAGCAAGCAUAAAACCGUAACGUUCUCAAUUUCUACGAUACCUAACCAUUAUAAGAAUUCUUUACCUAGAUUUGUUUCGGAAUCUGUUUCAGAUCGUAUUUCUUAGCAAAUUUUCAAAAGUUAUUCGAAACAGAGUCAGCUUUCAGAUGAAACACAUUUCAUCAAGCAGUCGAUCGUUCCGAACGAAUCCGUGCCAAUUCUAUCG